AUGUCUCUCGCAUCAGGUGUCACCAUCGAUGAUGAAUGCAUCACCAAGUUCAACGACUUCCGUAUGAGCCGUGGAAAGACCAAGUUCGUCAUCUACAAGAUCACCGACGACAAGAAGCGCGUCGUCGUCGAGGACGUUUCCGAUGAUGCCGACUGGGAGGUUUUCCGUACAAAGCUCGCCGAUGCUAAGGAUGCUGCUGGAAACCCUGCCCCCAGAUAUGCUACCUACGAUGUUCAGUUUGAGAUUCCCGGAGAGGGUCAGAGGAGCAAGAUCAUCUUCAUCUCAUGGGUUCCCCAAGACACUCCCACCCGCUUGUCCAUGCUUUACGCCAGCACUCGCGAGGUUCUCAAGAACGCCGUGAAUGUCGCCCAGUCCAUCCACGCCGAUGACAAGUCCGACAUUGAAUGGAAGAGUGUCCUCGCCGAGGUCAGCAAGGGCAAGGGCCAAUAA